AAAACAGCACGCGCUGGCUCGGUCGAGUCGUCGUCUUAAACCGCCCGCCUCUCUGUCCCGGACGAACACCUCGCCCGCUCGCCCGCUCGCUGCCUCUGCUAUUCUCGCCACCACCUCCCGUGUCCGCUCGCCUCAAGAAAGCAUCCCCCCGCGCCCCCACGGCCAUGGCGGCAAUGCCAUUGCCAGAUCAAGACCGCGCUGCUAUGUCCACGCCGUUGCUCCCGCGCUCCGCAUUCGUCUCCUCGACUUCCUUCUCCUCGUUUUCGUCCGUUGCCUCGUUCUCCUCCACCUCGUCGUCGUUCUCCGACCCCGCCGUCCCGUCGGAUGUCGUCGAGGCGCUGCCGAUGUCGCGUGACUCGUUCAAGGCGCUCGCCGUGCUGAGGGACCACCAGGGCUCGGUGUCGUCCCUCUCGCUGUGCGGGGAGUUCUUGCUCAGCGCGUCCACCGGCGCCGACAUUGUCGCGUGGCAGCAGCCGGAUCUGCGCCGGUUCGCGCGGUUUGGGCAUGGGGAAGGGUCCGUCAAGGCGCUCGCCGCCUCAGGGGGUAGGGUGUUCUCCGCGCACCAGGACGGCCGCGUCCGUGUCUGGCGAGUGUCGCGGCGGUCGGAGAACGCGUUCAAGCUCGUCGCGGCGCUGCCCACCACCAGGGACUACCUGGGCAAGAUCUUCCGCCACGCCAGCUACGUGCAGACCCGCCGCAACCACCGCCGCCUCUGGAUCGAGCACGCCGAUAGCAUCUCCUGCCUCGCCGUGCACGACGGCGUCGUGUACUCGGGCUCCUGGGACAAGACGCUCAAGGUGUGGCGCAUCUCCGACCUCAGGUGCCUCGAGUCGAUCCGUGCCCACGACGACGCCAUCAAUGCCGUCGCCGCCGAAAGCGGCAUCAUCUACUCCGCCUCCGCCGACGGCCACGUCAAGGCCUGGGAGAAAGGCAAGGCCGCGCAUUUCCUCCAGGGCAUCCUCAUCUCCCGGGACGGCGUGUCGUGGAACGCCCUCGUGGUGAGCUCCGACGCCGGGGCUCGCCGCGUGUACGCCGCCGGAUCGGACGGGCACGUCGUCGGGUGGGACAGGGUCGGCAGGGGCAGCCGUUGGAGCCUCUCCUGUGACGUGAAGGCGCACGACAUGGCCGUGCUCUGCCUGUGCGUCGCCGGCGACCUUGUCUGCACGGGCUCCGCCGACAAGACCAUCGGCCUAUGGCGCCGGCAGCAGACCAGCGACGGCGCCGCCGCCGCCGCCGCCCUCGUCAGGGUGGGCGUGAUCAGAGGCCACGAGGGCCCCGUGAAAUGCAUCCAGGCGAGCUGGUGCAGGGUCAGCAAUGGCUGCAUGGUGUACAGCGGAGGGCUCGACAAGAGCAUCAGAGUUUGGUGGGUGCCCAAUGGCUGGAAGGCCAACGAGCAGAGGCAGCAAGACAAGGACACGAAAGAUCAGAAGAACUGUGUGUUCUUGAGGUGAAUGAAUUGCGUCAGGUCAGAUCAAAAUGUGUUCUUGAUUAUUGUGUUUGUGGUUUAGAUCGUGGUUAGCUUGGAUCGUUUGGGUAGCACGCUGCCUGAGGUUGGUGAUCGAUACAGUGGAGGAGAUGAUUUAAUUAAGGAGUCAUGAAGGUAUUAGUCGUAGAUUUGGAUUUUGGGUGUAAAUGGCUGUAUACUAUACCCCGACUCAUACACAUUUUGAUUUAAUGGAAAAUAUUACGGAGUAAAAAUAGUUGUCAUAAUCUCAUAUUACCUCAGUACAGGAUGUGUCUCUGGUUUGUGUCAAUACUCAUGUAUCUAGACAUAAAAGCUCAAAAUUUAAGGCUCUCUUUUGA